ACAACGUCUUCUCGCUCAUAAGAGGCGGCUCAUCUCUUGCAUCUGUCACACUGCACAAAAGCAAAACUGAUCUUCUGGAGUAGCUAGCUACUCUGCUAGUGUACUGUCAAAGCUAGCUGGAGAUUCCGUGAGAGUUUGUGCGAGUUGCAAGAUGGUUAAGCAAAAGAUUGUCCUCAAGUUGGCUCUGGAUGAUGAGAGGAAGAGGAGGAAGGCCUUCAAGGCGGCCGUUGGCAUGUCAGGCGUGACAUCCGCGACGAUGGAGGGGGACAAGAUCAUCAUCGUCGGGGACGGCGUCGACCCGAUCACGCUGACCACGAUGCUCCGGCGCAGCCUGGGCUACGCAGAGCUCCUCAGCGUGUCGUCCGGCGACGACAAGAAGAAGGACGGCUACGGCGCCGCCUACGGGUACGGCGGCGGCGAGAAGAAGGACGGCUACGCCGCAGCCUACGGGUACGGCGGCGGCGAGAAGAAGAAGGAUGGCUACGGGUACGGCGGCGGCGACGGUGGCGGUAGCGGCAUGAGCUUCGGUGGCAAGGAGGGUGGCGGUUCCAAAGGUGGUGGCAGCGGCGGCGGAGGCGGCGGCUACUCUCAGAACACGGUUGCGCCGAUGACGUACCCCGCGUACCAGCAGUACAACUCCAUGCCGUCCUACCCGGUUUACUCCUACCCUGCUCCGGCUUAUCAGCAGCAAGAACAGGAUCCCGGCUGCAGCAUUAUGUAGAUGUAGUAGUAUAGUUAUUCAUUAGGGAGAGAUGAUGCGCCGGCGAGACCCGGCCGGAGAGUUGCGAGCUGUGUUUAGGCCAUGAUUGAUGGCCUGACCAGAUGUUGGCUCAGAGAGCAGAGAGAUGUUGGCUGCCUGAGCACUCAGUGGUACGUAUGUACAGUACAGGUUGCUUGGAUCAGCGAUGGUGGCUUGGAGCGUGGUAA